AUGAGAAGAAUAAUAGCUGUAGCUGUACUGCUAGCUAUGUUAGGUGUAACCGACGGAUCCAAUAAGAAAGGGAUUGGUAUAGCUGGCGGUGAAACGUAUAUCUGUGAUGACGAACAGGCGUUCACAACUGCUCACUGGUGGUAUGAUUGGCGUAUGCACCAGGACGAACGUCAGUUAAAGAACUGCACAAUUAAACCAAAGCCCGGAUAUGUUCCUUUAGUGUGGGGACAUAAACAAAACGCUGCCACAAAGUUCAAUCUUACAGACGACAUCCACUAUAUCUUAGGUUUUAACGAGCCGAACCAUAAAAUUGUUGAUAUGACUCCAUAUACAGCUGUGAGACACUGGAAAGCUAUUGAGACUAGAGCCCCUGGCAAGGUUUUGGUAAGCCCUGCAGCUGCUCCCUGUGGACAUUGUCAAUACGACACUAUUGCCUGGCUAGAUGAAUUUUUCAGCAAUUGCACUGGUUGUAGAGUAAACCACAUUGCUUCACAUGCUUAUUGGUGCAAUGCAGAUCAAAUUAUGUCGUUUUUGUAA